ACAAAAAUCCGUGAGGCGCUCGCCCAGUGCGCAUGCGCGCUGCGGAGCCCCGCAGGCGGGGCGAAUCGAGCGCCGAGCAGGGCGGUGCUGAGUGCCGAGUGGCUUCGCCCGCGCCCUCGCGAGGCUGGAGCCUCCAACCGUCUUCGCACCUCGGCGGAUCCCAGGUGUGGCCGAGCCAGGGGACAGGCUCUCCAGGGACUUCAAGAAACACUAGGACUUCUCCCGGGCCUGCUUUUCCACAAGAUGUUGGGAUUUUUGCAGCGCCCUGUGGUGGUCACGGCUGAUGUCAACUUGAACAUCGUGGUCCUGACCUUGAUGGGGUUGCUGAGCCGACUGUGGCAACUCACCUAUCCAAGGGCUGUGGUUUUCGAUGAAGUAUAUUAUGGGCAGUACAUCUCUUUUUACAUGAAGCGGGUCUUCUUUUUGGAUGGCAGUGGACCGCCCUUUGGCCACAUGCUGCUGGCCUUGGGAGGUUAUUUAGGAGGAUUCGACGGUAACUUUUUGUGGAACAGAAUUGGAGCAGAAUACAGCAGCAACGUGCCCGUGUGGUCCCUGCGCCUGCUGCCGGCCCUCGCGGGGGCCCUGUCGGUCCCCAUGGCCUACCAGAUUGUGUGGGAGCUCCGUUUUUCUCACUGUGCCGCCAUGGGAGCUGCUCUGCUGAUGCUCAUCGAGAACGCUCUGAUCACCCAGUCAAGGCUAAUGCUUUUGGAAUCAGUGCUAAUAUUUUUUAACCUAUUGGCCGUGCUGUCCUACCUGAAGUUCUCCAACUCCCAAAAACACAGGCCUUUCUCCCUGAGCUGGUGGCUGUGGUUGAUGCUGACGGGAGUGGCCUGCGCCUGUGCUGUUGGCAUCAAAUACAUGGGUGCCUUCACUUAUUUGCUGGUGCUCGGGGUUGCCGCUGUCCACACCUGGCACCUGAUAGGGGACCGGACUUUGUCAAAUGUGUCUGUGCUCUGUCACAUGCUGUCCCGCACGGUGGCGCUUGUGGUCGUCCCGGUCGUCAUGUACUUGCUCUUCUUCUACGUCCACUUGAUUCUGCUCUACCGGUCUGGGCCCCACGACCAGAUCAUGUCCAGCGCUUUCCAGGCCAGCCUAGAGGGAGGCCUAGCUCGGAUCACACAAGGCCAGCCCCUGGAGGUGGCUUACGGUUCCCAGGUCACCCUGAAGAACGCCUUCGGCAAGCCCGUGCCCUGCUGGCUUCAUUCUCACCAGCACACCUACCCCAUGAUAUAUGAGAACGGCCGAGGCAGCUCCCACCAGCAGCAGGUGACCUGCUACCCCUUCAAAGAUGUCAACAACUGGUGGAUCGUCAAGGACCCCGGGAGGCACCAGCUGGAGGUGAGCAACCCGCCGAGACCCGUGCGGCAUGGAGACGUGGUGCAGCUGGUGCACGGCAUGACCACCCGCCUCCUCAACACGCACGACGUGGCAGCCCCCCUGAGCCCCCACUCGCAGGAGGUCUCCUGCUACGUCGACUACAACAUCUCCAUGCCUGCCCAGAACCUCUGGAGACUGGACAUUGUGAACAGAGAGUCGCCUGCGGACACCUGGAAGACCAUCCUGUCUGAGGUGCGCCUCGUGCACGUGAACACGUCGGCCAUCCUGAAGCUGAGUGGGGCGCACCUCCCUGACUGGGGCUUUCGGCAGCUGGAGGUGGUUGGUGAGAAGCUGUCUCGGGGCUACCACGAGAGCGCCGUGUGGAACGUGGAAGAGCACCGCUAUGGCACGAGCCAGGAACAGAAGGAGAGGGAACUGGAGCUGCACUCACCCACGCAGGUGGACAUCAGCAGAAACCUGAGCUUCAUGGCCAGAUUCUCAGAGCUGCAGACUGACUGGAGCCCCUGGGGCAGGCCACCACCCGGGAUCAGAGCCUGUUUAGAACUCAGGUGUCCUGAAGGGCGUGCCCCUCAGCCCGGCACGCUGCCUCUGCCUCACGAGCCGAAUGAACUGGAGGGGCCUGCGGCUUUAUUGCAGUGGAGGAUGCUGACAGUGAGAAGCGAUGACACGGAGCACAAGUACAGCUCCACGCCGCUGGACUGGGUCACCCUGGACACCAACAUCGCUUACUGGCUGCACCCCAGGACCAGUGCUCAGAUCCACUUGCUGGGGAACGUGGUGAUCUGGGCUUCGGCCGGCCUCGCCACCGUGCUCUACGCCAUGCUCUUCCUCUGGUACCUGCUCCGACGCCGGAGAAAGAUCUGUGACCUGCCCGAGGAUUCCUGGCGGCGCUGGGUGCUGGCUGGGGUCCUGUGCGUCGGCGGCUGGGCCAUGAACUACCUGCCCUUCUUCCUGAUGGACAAGACGCUCUUCCUCUACCACUAUCUGCCUGCACUCACCUUCCAAAUCCUGCUGCUCCCCAUGGUGCUGCAGCACCUCAGCGACCACCUGUGCAGGUCCCAGCUCCAGAGGAGUCUCUUCAGCGCCCUGGUGGUAGCCUGGUACUCCUCCGCCUGUCACGUGUUCAACACGCUGCGCCCACUGACCUACGGGGACAAGUCGCUCUCACCCAGCGAACUCAAGGCCCUUCGCUGGAAAGAUAGCUGGGACAUCUUGAUCCGAAAGUACUAGGACAUGACACAGUGAGGAGCUCCUGGCCGGGUCAGGACAUGGAGGCGCUGUCUUUGACGAGUGCGUGUGGCUUGAAGCUCAGUGGGGACGGGCCAGGCCUGACGGCGCCUCAUUUUAAGCAGUUUGUUUUUCCCAGUUAGUAAAGAACACGUCCCCAGGUCCACUAACCCCUAGGGGCCCGGAACUAGGACAUGUGGCAUUGAGCGGCUAGGGCAGAACUUGGGGAUGGAGGAGAGGCAGGAAGGGGCGAGUCACGGUCACGCUGACAGGUGGGGUGGCGGGCUUUGGCUGACGGCCGGUCCUGCCUCCUGAGCACCCACUGGACCCACUGAGCUGGAGCCCACCCCCAGUGAAUUCAGUGUCAGAUACGCCCCUGGAGUGACCGGAUGUGGCCCUCCCAUCACUGUAGUGAAGACUGUUACCCCUCACAGUUGCUGGAUCUCACAAACCCGAGAUGUGGCCGAGGUGUGUGCGAACAGCAUUUUCAAGUCGAGGUUUGUGUCACCCAUGUUUCCUUGUCCUGAAUUGGCCGUUUUUGGUUUAAUUAAAAAGGGACACAUUGGCAUUCAAAUGGGUACUAUUUAUUGACUCUCCAAAAGGACACAAUAGGCUUGACCAAACUGUCAGUCAUCAGAAACCAGCCACGCGCUCAGCCGAGCUCCACUGAUGUCACUUAUGUAACUAGUUACUACUCAACAGAAAGAAGCCAGGAGUGCCUGUGGAGUUUAGCUGGUGGCAGUGGGAAGGGAUCACUUUUACAGAAACGCCACCAUGUCGGAGGGAAGACAAAGGA